ACCAUCUAUCCAUUGGUAUCAUUCGCAUCAGACUUGCAAGACUAGCAAGCUACCAAUCGAGCAAACUACCAAUCACCUGAACAGCAAUGGCUUUCAAGUUUAUCGCUUUCGCCGUCCUGAUCGCCGCCGCCAACGCCGGUAUUAUCGCGCCUGGUGCCCCUCUGGCCUACGCUACAGCUCCCGCGGUUGUCGCCGCCCCCGUUGCCAAGGCUGUUGACGCAGACUUUGACCCGCACCCACAGUACAGCUAUGCGUACGACGUACAUGACAGCCUGACUGGCGAUGACAAGAGCCAGCAGGAGACCCGUGAUGGCGACCUCGUCCAGGGUAGCUACUCCCUCUUGGAAGCCGAUGGCACCAGGCGCAUCGUCGAAUACGCCGCUGACCCAGUCAAUGGAUUCAACGCCGUAGUCCGCAAGGAACCCGCCGCCGUUGCUGUCAAGGCCGUCGCUCCGGUCGCCGCACCCCUCGCCUAUGCUGCCCCGAUCGCCAAGAUCGCCACUCCUGUGGCCCAUGCCCCUCUGGCCCCUGCUCCUCUGGCCUACGCUGCCCCGAUUGCGAAGAUCGCCGCCCCCAUAGCCCACGCUCCCUUCGCCUAUACCGCGCCGAUCGCCAAGGUCGCCGCGCCCGCCGCCAUCUCCUACGCCGCCCCCGCUGCCUACCUCCACUGAACUGUGACCUGACCAUCACUUAGGAAUGAUACUUACCGAAUAAAUCUCAGUUUUUGUAGCAAGUA